AUUACAGGUUUAUCAAAACCUUUCAAAGUGUAAUAGCUUUCUGUUGCAUCUUACACACACUUAAACACACACUUACACACGUACGCAUUCUGGAGGUGGUUCCAAAAGUUCCAGGGGUUUAUAAUGAGGCAGGAGUGUCAGUGUGAGCAUCAGAGGUGAGAGUGUGGAAAGAAACCAUCACUCCAUCAUCACACCAUCAUGGGAACUCCAGGUUUGCUUACCGCUUCUCAGCUCUUCAUCCUGAUGCUUCUGUCCUCUGCUCACUCAGGUCACUCAGACUCUAGUACUGAGUUGGCUUGGAUUUGUCCCCAGUCGCACGCUUCUCCCUCUCUUCCGUCCUCUGUUCACUCGCUGAGGCCUGCAGAUGUGAGUGCUCUCUCAGUACUCGGACUGUCCACUGCACACAGGUCUGCUGAAGUUAAGAUUGUGAGCAGGCUGUCUGAGAUUCUGUCCAGCUUUAAUCCUAAAAUGACUACACUGAUACCAGAGCAAAGGAGUUUGAUCGAGGAAGCCGAGGAUGUGGUUCAGUCGCUCGACAAUAAUCAGUGGAAGCUGUUGCUGGUGUUCGUGUCGGUGAAUGAGAUCUGCAUCUGCUCAGACCAGGCCGCAUUAUCAACAGUUGAGUCAGUGGUGCACAAGGUGGAGGAAGUGCUGAAUAAACUGCACGAAAAGUUGGAUCACGCUCUGGUUCAUGUUGCGGUUUGGGGCGGCCGAGACGGUGGCAGAAUAUGUGAUUGUGAAGCGGACAUCAGUGCAGACACACAAACAUGGCGUGAACUGGAGAGAGCCACCAUGAUGACUAACAUUCAGGACAGUCUAGGAGCUUUACUGCAGAGGCAUCAGCAAUGGAGCGAGGAAGAGAACUUCACCGUUGUGCUUCAAUCCAGUCCAACAUACUUUGAUUGGUCAGAUGAUUUGGUGGACGGAAACCUGAAGACACUUAUGCAGCUGUGGAGCAAAUUGUUACAGCCAAUGACAUCCGAGGAAGAGGAGGAGGGGCGGGGCAUGGCUGUUUCCUGCCCUUCACAUGAGAAGCCGUAUCUGUACACACAGCGUAACUCAGCCAUCCAGCCUGAGAGAAAAUCACACAGUGCAGAACUUCGGAUUAAUCCUAUGGCUACCAGUUUUCCAUGUACCGUUACAAGUCCAUCAUGCUCAGUCCCCACCUCAGUGCAUUUUCUCCGACCUGCAGAUGUUAAAGUGGUGGCAGCUUUAGGAGAUUCGCUCACGGCAGGAAACGGAGUGGGUCAGAAUGGUGUUCUUGGUGUCUUGACAGAGUAUCGUGGUCUGUCAUGGAGCAUUGGAGGCAACGGGGAUCUCUCAUCUGUGACUACUUUACCGAACAUCCUGAGAAAGUUUAACCCUUCACUCACUGGCUUCUCCACCGGGACGGGUAAAGCCUCCACAGCCCAGGCGUUCCUCAACCAGGCUGUAGCUGGAGCUGAGAGCAAAGACUUGCCCUCGCAGGCACGCGCCCUCAUCGCAAGAAUGAAAAGCGACUCGCGAAUUGAUUUCCAAAACGACUGGAAGGUCAUCACAUUGUUAAUCGGAGGGAAUGAUCUGUGUGAACAGUGCACAGACCCGGACUUUUACUCUGCUGAGAACUUUGCCAAGAACAUCGGUGUCGCUUUGGACAUCUUACAGGAGGAGGUUCCCCGUGUUCUAGUGAAUCUGGUAGAACUUUUUGACAUCGUUUCUCUGCGCCAGCUGCACCAGGACUCCAAACUCGGCUGCCCCACCUGGCUGGUCAGGAGUAUAUGUCCCUGUGUAGUGAACCCUGCAGAAGGAUCAUCAGAACUUCAGGCUUUGAUAGAAAUGAAUAAAGCGUAUAAGAUUGCAACAAGAAACCUGGUGGACUCUGGUGGCUAUAACACUCACACAGACUUCACUGUGGUCUUGCAGCCAUUUUUCAGAAACACGACCUUUCCAGUGCUGCCGAAUGGAACUCCUGAUCGCUCGUUCUUCGCUGGGGAUUGUUUCCAUCUGAGUCAGAAAUCUCACACUCUCAUGGCCCGAGCUCUGUGGAACAACAUGUUGGAGCCCGAACACAGUAAAACCACAUCUGUGGACUUUAAUGAGAACGUGGCCAUGAAGUGUCCUUCUGCGACUGCCCCUUAUUUUUCAACCAAUGGGAACAGCGUACUGAAAUAUGUAGCUACGCCCAUUAGUGAGAACUGGGGCAGUGACUUCUCCUGCACACACACUGCUCCUUCAGACACUGUACCUUCCUCAGUUCACAGACUGCGACCAGGAGACAUUACCAUCAUCGCUGCUCUCGGGGACUCCAUAACUGCUGGUUUUCGUGCAAAAUCUACAGACAUACUUCAGCAGUUGCUGAAUGAGGACAGGGGCGUGUCCUGGAGCAUCGGAGGUGAUGAGUCUCUGGAAACAGUCACUACACUAGCAAACAUUCUGAAAAAAUUCAACCCGCAUGUUUUCGGCUUUUCGCAAGGACGCAGCACGAGGCCCAACGGCUUUAAUAUGGCUGUGAGAGGAGCUAAAGCAAUGGAUAUCCCGGGUCAGGUCAGGGACCUGGUGGAGGCUUUAAAGAGCAGCACAAGUGUGGAUUUGGACCAGGACUGGAAGCUGGUGACUCUGUUCAUUGGUGUUAAUGAUCUGUGUGAGUACUGCGAAAACCCGACAUCUCUUUCCCCUAAAAAGUAUGUAGGACACAUCAGGGAUGCUCUGGACAUCCUGUAUGAUGAGGUACCCAGAGUGCUGGUAAAUGUUGUAGAAGUCCCACAGAUUGAGGAAAUGCGCAAGAUAAAGUCAGACUCCACAGGAUGCACCGUCUUACAGCCGACCCUGUGUCCAUGUUUCCUGUAUCCUAAAGAGAACACAGAGGAGAUGAUGGAGAUGAAGAAGAUCAAUCAGCAAAUACAGAUGGAGACUGAAAAGCUGGUGUCUGGAGGACAAUAUAAGAGCAGAGAGGACUUUGCUGUAGUUCUGCAGCCUUUCUUCCAACGCACAGUGAUUCCAGUGGGAGCUGACCAGAAACCAGACCUAAGCUUCUUCUCAUUUGACUGUUUCCACUUCACUGAGCGUGGACAUGCUGAGAUGGCCAUCGCACUGUGGAACAAUAUGUUGGAACCAGUGGGCAGCAAACAGACAUACAACAAUUUCACACAUGACCGCAGCAAAAUACGCUGUCCCUCAGAGGAAAAUCCCUACAUUUUCACCGAAGUAAACAGUUUUAACCCUGAGCCUGUGGAUCCUACACUGCCUCUUCCAUCUCCAAUCCAGCAAAACAGCUCACUGAAGGUGUGGAUAUUUUUAUUGUCUGGCCUGCUUGGAAGUCUGGUGGGCGGAGUCAUCGUCUGUCUCGGUGUGUCCUGCACCAAUCUCUGUAAGAGAGAUUAUAGAGACAAAGUCAGAGCUGUGAAGAUAAGCUUUACAGGUUACAAGAAUGACGUUUAAUAUACACAAUUGGAGUUCAUUAGAAAUACAAUCUGACAAAAAUAACAAAAAAACAUGUGGGUUAAAACUACAUUAAUGAAAACAUGAUUUGUUGUUGAUUAAAGCGAGCUGCCGAA